CAUAAGAAAGAGUUUAUUGAUUUAUGGUUUCUGAAAAUACUAUAAAGAGACACACUAGAAAGGAUUAGAGUUCCUAGAGAACUUGUCAGGCCAAAGUAGACCUAACUGCUUGUUCUAACCAAACUUUUUGUUGGAUAGUAUGCGAUUAUGCUUAUAAAAUAUAGAGCUACUUUUGCAGGAAAACUUCUCUGAGCCUGUGUUUCUUUAGAUUGCAAUGGACAAGGGCAAAAAGAUUAUGAUCAAUAACAACGGUGGACAUGCUGGUAGAGGUUGCAACAACAGUGCUAUGACUAGUGAUGCUUUUAAUAAUCAAAGUAAACUGAAAAUUUUGCUGUGUGACAGUGAUCCUGAGAGUUGUGAUGAGAUCUCCACCCUUCUAACCAAAUGCAGUUAUCAGGUAAUCUCAGUGAGCUCAUUUGUAGAAGUGGUUGAUACAUUGGAUGCUGAGGGGCCCCAUAUUGACAUCUUACUCGUUUCAGUUGACCCUCACAUAGACAAAGGCAUGAAAAUGUUGAAGUAUAUCAGUGAAGAAUUCCAACACAUUCCAGUGAUCAUCAUAUUGUCUAGACAAGACCAUAUCUCUCUUAUUUACAAGUACUUAAAUCUUGGCGUGGCUGACUAUUUGAUGAAGCCUUUAUGCACCGACAAGCUAUCAAAUCUAUGGAAGCACAAGGGGAGGAGCCGGAAUAUGAUGAAAAAGUUACUGGGAAGUACAAAUGCGGAGUCAAGCCAUAUAAUCAGCAAGGGUAGCUGAGUGUUUUGUGCUGAGAAGUUUAGCAUACUCUGAGGGCAUCCUAUAAAUUAAAUGCUUCAGAAAAUUGUGCAUGUACACCCAUUCAUGAAAAUCUUGGGUUCAAUUGGAAGGGUAUAAGUUUGUAGUCUGUGGUUGUAGUCUAAUA